AUGGCUGCCAACACCAGUCAGGGCGAUCCUCGCCAGGUGGAUGACACAAUCCCCAUGACCCAAUCUCAAAAGACCGUCUUUGAGUUUGGUGAUUUUGAUCACUCUGCUAUUCCUCUAGAGAAGGAAGAGUGGCCGGUCAUUAUCAUCGGCUCGAGCAUGGUCGGCAUGACGCUCGGCGUUCUUCUGGGGUACCAUGGGAUUAAGUCCGUCUCCUUCGACCGCCAUCCUUCAACCGCUAUCCAUCCCCGGGCCGCCCUCUUCCUCCUGCGCUCCGUCGAGAUCUUCCGCCAGCUGGGCCUGGAAGACCACCUCCGCGAGAACAGCGCGCUCAACUUUGACCUCGACGCCGGCAUGCUCAUCGUGGAGAAGCUGGUAGGCGGCAAAGUGAUUGCCUCCCUGCAGGAGAGCGACCCGGCCAGGGUGGCCGAAGUCACACCUUCGAACCGUCUCUGGCUGACCCAGAACAUGUUCGAGCCUCUGCUGCGCGCGAGCGCCCAAGGGUCCGGCGCCACGCAGGAAUUCAAGCAGGCGGUGGUGCACUACGAGGAAGGGGACGACGGGGUCCUCGUGGUCGUCCAAGACUUGGAGACGGGCGCGUACCGCAAGUUCAAGACGCAGUACCUCGUGGCGUGCGACGGGAACCGCAGCGCGACGAGGGCCAAGGAGGGCAUCGCGUGGGGCGGACCGGGCGUCGUGGGCGAGAACAUCUCGAUUAAUUUCAAGGCGGAUCUGAUCUCGCACCUGGGUACCCGCGCCAAGCACGGCGUGACCCGGUUCCCGCCGGACUCGGUGACGGGCGCGGAUGCGAAGCGGUAUUUCCGCGACGCUACGGGGAUCGAGGACGAUGUGGGUCUCGAGGUCGAGUCCAUUUCCUACUGGUCUGUUGCCGGGUUGAAUAGCGAGCGGUUCGAGAGCAGAAAGGAUGCUCAUAAUCUCGCUUGGAAGCUCGCAUAUGUGCUCUCUGGGAAAGCUGCGCCAUCGCUCCUGAGGACGUACAGCUCUGAGAGGCAGCCGGUGGCCUUCCAGACCAUGCAACAAGCGUACUACCGCCUCCAGACCCGCGUCUUUCGCCAGCAGCCCGACGAGCCGGAGCUACCCGAUCUGACGUGCGAGAUCGGCUACCGCUACCCUUUGGGCGCGCUCGUUGUUUCGGAAGAGGAGUCGGAAGAUGCCAGUUGCAUAUGGGAGGACCCCCAUGCGCCUCUCGUUCUUGCUGGUUCCCGAUUCCCGCACGUAGAGAUCACCGACUCGGGUGAUGCCUCUCGUCGCAUCUCCACGCUCGAUUUGGUCAAGACCCAAUUUCUCGUGGUGGUUGCGGAUGAGGCAUCCCCGUGGGUGGAGGCAGCCAAGAUUUCACCCUUGGGCAUUGAUUGCUAUUCUCUGCAUGCGACAUCGACUCCCUAUCGCGAUGCGGAAGGCAAGGUUCGUCGAGUCUGUAAGCUGGGCGAAGGGGAGGCACUUCUUGUGCGACCGGAUGGGUUUAUCGCGUGGCGGGCUGGUAAGCGGGAAAGCGGCCAUGAAGCGGUACUACAGCAAGUUUUGCGGGAGAUUUUGGGUUAA